AUGAACAACGCCAUCGCCUCCGCCUUCCAUCGCCCCUUAAUUCCGGCCCGCAGCUGCGCCACCUGGUUCUUCCUUCUUCUUUUCCUCCUCUACGUCGUCUACUCCUCCACCCUUAUCUUCUCCACCCCCUACUGCCCCCUCCGGGCUGCCAACAUCUCCUCCCAAGCCAAAACCGCCACCGCCGCAGCUGGCAACUCCACCACAUUAAAUAAUCAACCUCCAGCAGCCCGGCAAACACCUUCUCUACUCCCGCCGUCGGCCCGGCGAUAUGACACCGAGCUCAAGCACAUCGUCUUCUGCAUAGCUUCUUCAGCAAACAUCUGGGAAAGGCGAAAAGAGUACCUGAAGCUAUGGUGGAGGCCGAACCAGACACGCGGCGUGAUCUGGCUGGAUCACGCGGUGGAGACACGGCAGGAAGAGUCCUUGCCGGAGAUUCGGUUUUCCGGCGACACUUCCCAGUUCAACUACACAAAUCCUCAGGGAAAGAGAUCGGCUCUGAGGAUCUCGAGGGUGGUGUCGGAAACGCUCCGGCUGGAGUGGGGCGACGUCCGGUGGUUUGUGAUGGGCGACGACGACACGGUGUUUUUCGUGGAGAAUUUGGUGAGGGUCCUGUCGAAGUACGAUCACCGGCAGAUGUAUUAUCUGGGGAGCUCGUCGGAGAGCCACAUUCAGAACAUAUUCUUCUCGUAUUCUAUGGCGUACGGCGGCGGGGGAUUCGCCAUAAGCUACCCGUUGGCGAAGGAGUUGGAGAAGAUGCAGGAUCGGUGCAUCCAGAGGUAUCCGAGUUUGUAUGGAAGUGACGAUAGGAUUCAGGCUUGCAUGGCUGAGCUUGGCGUCCCACUCACCAAAGAAGCUGGUUUUCACCAGUUCGACGUAUACGGAAGCCUCUUGGGCCUACUGGGAGCGCAUCCGGUGGCUCCACUGGUGUCGAUGCACCACGUCGACUUCGUCCACCCGAUAUUCCCCCGCAUGAACCGAAUCCACGCCCUCCAGCGCCUCUUCGACUCUGCCAAGCACGACGACGCCAGCUUGCUUCAGCAAUCCAUCUGCUACGACAGCAACCGCCAAUGGUCCGUCUCCGUCUCCUGGGGCUACGUUGUUCAAGUGGUCCGAGGAUUCAUGUCCCCCCGAGAGCUCGAGAUGCCAACCAGAACCUUCCUCAACUGGUACCCCAAGGCCGACUUCACCGCCUACACUUUCCAGACCAGGCCCGUCACCAGGCACCCCUGCCAGAAGCCCUUUCUGUUCUAUUUCCAGUCCUCGAAAUACAACGAAUCCAGGAAUCAGAUAAUCGGGGUUUAUGCUCGUGACGGCAACGACCCACAGCCUUUGUGUCCGUGGAAGAUGGAGUCCCCGGAAAACAUGGAUACCAUAAUGGUCCUGAAAAAGCCAGACAGCCAACGUUGGCAACAGUCACCAAGGAAGGAUUGUUGUAGAGUCAUGCCACAAAAUAAGAGAUCAAGAAUGUAUAUAUGGGUGGGCAAAUGCCGAGAAGCUGAGAUUAGUGAAUUGUAA